GCUGGAGUAGAAGUCAAUACUCGUCUUUGACAACCCCCACCUGACGGGACCGGAGGGGGGCCAUUUGCGACAGGAGGUUUCGGCGUCCCUAUAAAGGUGAGUCCUCCGACGAAGAUGUCAACGAGACGAGGUACGAAGCCAGCAAUGAACACUUUGAUCCUGACCUUCUUCGCCCUGGCGGCAGCCGCCGUAGCCGCUCCUCUGGAUCAGCAGCCCCCUGUGCCAAUCGUCAACCAGUUUCUGGACGGACCGAAUCCCGACGGCUCCUACAGCUACGGUUUCGAGGCUGGGAACGGCAUCAAGGUCCAGGAACAGGGACAGCUGGAGAACGCCGGUACACCGGAAGAGGCCGAGUCAGUUCAGGGCAGCUACAGCUACCCGAGCGAAGACGGCAACCUGAUCACCCUGACCUACGUCGCUGGUAAGGACGGCUUCCAGCCGCAGGGUGCGCACCUUCCCCAGGCACCGCCGAUCCCUGAGGCGAUCCUGAAGGCGCUCGAAUGGAUCGCUGCUCAUCCCGAGGAGGACAACUUGUAGUGUGGGGUUGGCUCCUGGAGCGCUCGAUCAGAACUGGUUGAUUACGUAGCUGCACUUACCUCUCGGCCAGUUCCACCGUCGACGUGUUCAAACGUUUUAUAAGUUCGGCGCCACGUCGCUUCGCCGGAAGGGCUCGGUGCUCGAGGUGCAUCUUCAUCGGCACUCGAACAGCGAGCACUUUUGGCAUCGGGCGUGACGCCAUCGGCUCAAAUCAUUACGUAUGCAAACAUGGCUGCCAUGCUCUGUGUGUUUAAUGAAAUCUGUACUUUUUUAAGCAAUUUGUAAAUAAAGAAACGGUUCCGCUUCAA